UUUGUUUUCUUUCCCUCUCCUUUCAAAUUUCCUCUUCUCACUCCCCGCAAUUGAAAACUCCACUUUGACAUUUCCGCACUCAGCGCCUCCAACGGCUACUUUCCUUUCCACCCCUUUCCGCGGCCUCCGUUUCUCUCUACCCCUCCCACCGCCCUCUCCUCCAUCGCCACAACGGAGUUUUCCAAGCAGUUGCGAAUAUGCAGGACAUUUUCGGAUCAGUGAGGCGGUCGCUGGUGUUCAAAUCCACGGCGGCGACUUCAGUGGACGACGGCGGAGGAGGGUUCAGUGGAUUCGUGGAGAAGAUUGGGUCCAGCAUUCGAAAAUCCCGAAUCGGCCUCUUCAAUAAGCCCUCCUUCCCUCCGGCGCUUCCUUCGCCCAGUGGUAGGAAAGGGGACGCAGAUGCGCCUUCGAUCCGAUGGAGAAAGGGGGAAUUGAUUGGUUGUGGUGCGUUUGGUAGGGUUUACAUGGGGAUGAAUCUCGAUUCCGGUGAGCUCCUCGCUGUUAAGCAGGUUUUGAUUGCUGCAAACAGUGCUUCCAAGGAGAAAGCUCAGGCUCACGUUAGAGAGCUGGAAGAAGAAGUAAAGCUACUGAAGAACCUUUCCCAUCCCAACAUUGUGAGAUAUUUGGGAACUGUUAGAGAAGACGACUCCCUGAAUAUCCUCUUAGAAUUUGUUCCCGGCGGGUCCAUUUCUUCCCUUUUGGGGAAAUUUGGUUCCUUUCCCGAGUCGGUGAUCAGAAUGUACACUAAACAGCUAUUACUGGGGCUGGCAUACCUUCAUAGCAAUGGUAUUAUGCAUAGGGACAUCAAGGGGGCGAACAUUCUUGUAGAUAACAAGGGUUGCAUUAAACUUGCCGACUUCGGAGCUUCCAAAAAAGUUGUUGAACUGGCUACUAUGAAUUGUGCCAAGUCGAUGAAGGGAACUCCAUAUUGGAUGGCACCAGAAGUUAUCCUCCAGACAGGACACAGCUUCUCUGCUGAUAUAUGGAGUGUUGGAUGUACGGUCAUCGAGAUGGCUACAGGAAAGCCCCCAUGGAGCCAGCAAUAUCAAGAGGUUGCUGCUCUCUUUCAUAUUGGGACGACCAAAUCGCACCCCCCAAUUCCUGAACAUCUCUCUGCUCAGGCUAAAGAUUUUCUAUUAAAAUGUUUACAGAAGUACGUUCUUCUGUCCUUUUCCUCCUUAUUAUAUAUGCAGCAUCCAUUUGUCACUGAGGAUUAUAAUGAAUCUACUUCGCAACUCCGUAGUUCACUCAGGGUAUGUAAUAGAAGACUUCCUUCUCUCUUUUUGUCUUCCCUAAUUCUCUCUUCCUCACUGUUCAGAAGAUCGACCUGUGGAGGAUUAAAGGAUAUUGGUGACAUGGGUGGCAGUAUGAGAUCCUCAAUGAUAUAUCCUGAGAGCACAUCAGGAUCAGGGUCCUAUUGGCAUGGCACUUCUAAUAUAGAUGAUGAUAUGUGCCAGAUAGAUGAUAAAGACGAUUUCAUGGUUGUUAGGACAUCAUCGAAGUUCAAGUCUGUCUUUUCGUCUACUGACUUAAAUAAGAGUUUCAAUCCAAUGUGUGAGCCCACUGAUGAUUGGCCAACAAUGUCGCAUGGGAGUUCAGAAAUGAGGGGAAGCGAACUCCAUUCUAGCCAAUUUAUCAAUGAAGUUGCCAGUACCAGCCUUGCACUAUCCAGCAAGGAAGAAAAUGAGUUUGCAUUUCCUUGUGGCCCAUCGGGGACUGAGGAUGAUGAAGAAGUUACAGAGUCGAAAAUCAGGGCCUUCUUGGACGAAAAGGCUUUAGAUUUGAAAAAGCUGCAAACGCCUCUGUACAAGGAGUUCUACAACACAUUGAAUGCUACUGGUCCAAAACCAAGAGUAGCCGGAAAGACAAAUAACGAAAAUGUGAGGAGUUCUUCAAUCUCUUUAUUACCCCCUAAAAGCAAGUCUCCCAAACAGCUGCCACCGAGCAGAAGGCUUUCUUCAGUUAUUGUUGAUGCUCCUACUAGCAGUAGUCCUGGUAUGCGUGCAAGUUACAGGGCCAAUGAGAAUGUCACCAUCCACUCUCGAGCUCUGCAGGAAAUCCAACCCCCUCAAAUUAGCGAGUGGAAAAAUGGCAUCCUUAAUGGAGAGCAGCAGGAACCAAUCACUCCCAGCGCAAGCUUCUCUGAGAGGCAAAGAAAGUGGAAGGAAGAGCUUGAUGAAGAGCUCGAAAGGCAGCGAGAGAUGCUGCGUCAAGCUGGUGUGAGCCCGAAGACAUCUUCUCCAAAGGACCGUGUUCUUAAUCGACAAAGAUCAGAACGAAUGAGAUUUCCAUUUUCGGGCAAGUAGAAGCCUUUUGUGCACAUUCUUCUUCACUCUGUGUGUAGCUUUUUCUCCAUUCAUGGAGUACUGCUGCUCCUGCUUUUGCAUGUAUGUAGUAAUCUUAAGAAAUGUUGUCCAACGGGGGAUUGGUUGUCCUUGCCUAAUACGAUUAUGGAGCCACCACCGUCGUUGCAGAAGGCCACAGCAAACUGCCUGCCUCAUUGUCAUUGUGUAAUUUCAGCACAAAGAGCUGGCGGGCAUGGACCUUGUCGAGGUGUCUCGAGAUAAAUGCUUGUAAGAUGAUGAUGAUGAUGGGAUCUGGAAAACCAUAAAUAUAUAUAGAAAUUUGGAUGAAGUUUUUUCUAGUU